GGACUGGGUUCCGGAAGUUGCCGCAGCCGCCACCCCCUUCCUCUCCUCCUGGGAGACAGGGGCUUGGGCCGAGUCGGUGCGAGCCACAGGACAGAAUGCAGUAGCAAGGAAGCUGAUUUUAAGUCUGGUAGAUAACAGAUAACUGUGAUGUCUUGAACCCUUGGAGGGUUUGGGAAGUUCAUCAGGUUUAAAUGGAAAUUUUGGCAGCUGGAGCUUCUUGAUGGCCCAUCAGUGAUUUUCCAGUAGAUUCUAGGGUACCAUUGCUUUGGUUUAGUUCAGGUUUUGGGGGAGAAGCCAGAGAGGGUAUCCCUACUGUGGAAAAUGUUUGCCAGACUUAAAAAGAAGAUUGCAGAGGAGGCUGCCAUUGCACCACGGCCAGGAGGAGCUACACGAAUCCCAAGGUCUGUCAGCAAGGAGUCAGUUGCUUCUGUGGGGGCUGACUCAGGAGAUGACUUUGCUUCAGAUGGAAGCAGUUCUCGAGAAGACCUUUCAUCCCAGCUAUUUAGAAGAAACGAACAGAUAAGGAAACUAGAGGCCAAACUUUCUGAAUAUGCUGAACAGGUGCGAAACUUGCAGAAGAUAAAAGAGAAGCUUGAAAUUGCAUUAGAAAAACACCAGGAUUCUUCCAUGAGGAAAUUUCAAGAGCAGAAUGAAACAUAUCAAGCCAACAGAGCCAAAAUGGCAGAAGGAAUGGCUUUGGCAUUAGCAAAAAAGGACCAGGAAUGGGCGGAGAAGUUGGCUCAGCUUGAAAAAGAUAAAAGGCUGUUGACAGCUCAGUUACAGGAAAUGAAGAACCAAAGUUUGAAUCUGUUCCAAAAGAGGGACGAAAUUGAUGAAUUAGAGGGAUUCCAGCAGCAGGAGCUGGCUAAAGUCAAGCACAUGCUUUUGAAAAAGGAAGAAAGUCUGGCAAAAAUGGAACAGGAAAUGGAAGCUAGAACAAGAGAACUGAGUCAUGCACAAGAAGAACUGUUGGCCUCUAGUCAGGUCUCUUCAAAUUUAAGCUGUGAGCUGGAGAUGUUGCAGAGGCAGUAUUCAGCGCUGGAAGAACAGAGGGAUCACUUAUUAGCUGCAGAAACAGGUGCAGAAAGUAAGAUCACUACUUUGGAGCAGAGGGAAAAGGAACUACAAAUGUUCAUUCAGCAGCUUUCUGUUGAUUUGCAAAAGGCUCAGGGAACCGCAGCUUGUUCUGAGAAGAGGUUGGGCACAUUGCAGGCUGAGCCUGAGUCUUUGAAGCUUGAAAAUGAACAGCAGAACCACAAGGCUGCUGUCAAGGCUGAAGAGGGAGAAAAACUCAUCGAACAUUUGCAGAAAAAAGUUUUGUCCCUGGAGAAGAGACUAGAAGGAAACUUGUCAGGGGAGGAACAUGUACAGGAGCUACUUAAAGAGAAAACUGUUGCAGAACAGAAAUUGGAUGACACAAGGCAGCAGCUGUUGGCUGCUAAGACUAGCCAUGCUGAGACAGUUAGCCUGCUGGAGACCCAGAUCACAAAACUGAAUAGUCAAGUAACUGACAGCCAUGCAUUACUUCAUGAGAAAGAAGAAUUUAUAAAAGGAUUAAGAGAAAGCAGCCUUAGUCAGGUAAAAGAACUUGGGGAAAUGCUGCAGAUUUCAGAUGAGAAGCUUAAGAAGAGCAGUGAAAUAAUGAUUGAAAAAGAAGCACAGAUCCAGAGGCUUUCCAGUUUGGCAGAAGAAAGGAACAAAUUGCAACAGCAGGUCUUGGUCCUGGAGCAGCAGUAUGCAGAGCAGGGGAACCGACUGGAGGCUGAAAUAGCUGCCCUUGAGAAAACUCGAGCAUCUGACGAGACAGCCGCAAGCCACCAGAUACAACUGCUGGAAGAAGAAAAUGCAAACCUUAAAGAAAAUAGAAAUGAAUGUGAAAGUUCUUUAGAAGCCCACAAGCUUGAGUUGAAGAAAUUGAAGGAAGAAUGGAGCCAGAGAGAAACUGUUAAUGUGGAAAUUGCCAAGGCACUAGAAGAAACCCGGAAACAAAGGGAAGAUUUUCAACAGCAGGUUGCUGACCUAACAACAUUAAUAAAGGAGAAGGAACAGUUUCUCAAUGAGAAAACUAAAACUCUUCUCCAAAAAGAAGAAGAAAUUGACCAGCUGAAGAAAGGGCAUGACAUUGUCCUGCUACAACUGCACCAGUUGCAGAGUGACAUGGAGGCCUGCAGGUGUAAAAAAGCCAAAAGGGAAGAAUCCACAGGAAAAGAGUUGAAUGUGUUGAGGCUGCAGAUAGAAGAAGAGGAGGAGGAGGAGGAAACUCUUGAAGCCCGGGGUGAGCCAAAUGUAAUUGUUUUUGGAGAAACAGCAAAGGAAUUGAGUGAUGAUUUAUACCCACUCUCGAGUGAUGAAAGAACGUUGAACGGAGAAGUGGAUUGUGUUGAUAUGGUACAGCUACAAAAAGAAAACCGAGACUUGGAGCAGCAGAUCAUAGAAAAAAACAAGACUAUAAAGCAGCUGCAGCAGAGAAUGUUGGAACUCAAGAAGACCCUCCAGAAGGAGCUGAAAAUUCGGCCUGAAAAUGAUAUCUUUGAAGUUCGGGAGAAACCCAGUCCUGAAGUGCCUACUGCUUCCACAACUGUCACCAAUAACUCAGACUUAAAUGAUUCUCGAGAGAUAAAUUUUGAAUACCUCAAGCACGUGGUUUUAAAAUUCAUGUCCUGUCGGGAAUCAGAGGCUUUUCAUCUCAUUAAAGCUGUGUCUGUGCUACUGAAUUUUUCACAAGAGGAAGAAAACAUGCUCAAAGAGACCUUGGAGUAUAAGAUGUCGUGGUUUGGGUCCAAGCCAUCUCCCAGAGGUAGCAUUCGGCCAUCCAUCUCAAAUCCCAGGGUGCCAUGGUCUUAAAAGAAACCUGAGAAUGGAAAUUCCAUGUGUAGCCACUUUUUCUAUGAAAAGAACACAGCACACCAGUCUGGGUGGGUUUUUUAAUCACUGUAAUUGCAGUAUUUUGUACAAGCUUUGAAACAUUGUUUACAAGACAAAUAAUGUUUCGAGCUUCUUUCAUUGCAAACUGACAGCCACAAAACAGAGCCAGUUUCAGAGAUUGGCCCAGUUUUGAAAGGAAGGGGUCGCUUUCCAUGGGCUUUUUGGGGGUGGGAUGACAAGUAGCUUCAUGGGAAACUCCUCUUUCACAUAGUGCUGCUAUAAAUCCCCACUUUGGGCCCUAGAGGGUUUGCAUGUGGACUUCUCUAACCCCCUAGCACUUAAGAGUUGUAAUUAUUAAUGUCUGUCCAGAAGGCUAAAUGUCAGUGGACAGCUAGUGCUGUGAGGGGUUAAAGUGACUGAUAUUAGUGGUACAGGACAACCUGAUUCCUCCAAGUUGCAUCUUGCUGAAUUUCCCAGAGCCCCCAUAAGGACUCAUGUGUUUUGUAAAGACAUCACGAGGCAUUUCCCUUCUAGUGGUUUGGAUCCCAGGAAGGAGAAAAUACUAAAAUGUCCUUAAUCCCUCCCCACCAGUUCCUGAAGCUAGGUAUGUCCUGACUUCAGAAUGUGUCAGAAAAUAGGAUUUAUGCCUUGGGGGCUGAUAUUAGUCAGUGAGGGAUAUGCAGCUUUCUGGAGGGAUCUCGUUUUACUUUUCUUAAAGAAAAAAUAUUUUAAAAAAGGUGUUAAUGCAGUACUGAAUAUACUCAGUUGCCUUUUUAAACUAGUAUAUGUCUUGUACAGGUUGCCGGUAAACCAUUUUAAAGCAUACUUUUUAAAGCCAAAUUUGCUUGUAAACAUUUCUUCUGUCUUGCAGUCAGUUUACCAGUGUUCUUAGAGAAAAAUCAGAGAGGUAAAAGGAAAUGCCUUCCAUCCUAGAUUCUGUCUUUCCCCCUUCAAUUCCAUAGCACUCUUGGACAAUCUCCUGAGAAAUCAGUAUCAGUAUCUUCUUUGUAGCAGAAACCUGGAUUUGCUCCCAGUUCUAUGCACAAUUGAGACUCUGAGCAAACUUUGAUAUGGUAAGGAUAAAAUAUAUUGCCCCUUCUACCCUCAGGCCAGAAGCCCAGUUAGAGAUGGAGAACUGCAGCAUACCCUCAAUUGCCUUGUAGUUUGGAAAAACACUAAGCCUCCACUAUGUAUAAAUAACACUACAGAUCGUAUGUAACGUAUAUAGGAUUUGCAGAGCUGGCUACCUUGAAAUGCUCUGGCUGUAAUUGCUAGGACCAUUCUAUUUACCAACUAUUUCUAAGGAAAAAUCAACAUGUAUUCAGCCUAAUAGGAUCUUAAAAUGCAUUUGAAAAGAUCAUUUCAAAACAGUUUGUAGCUUGCUCAAGGCUUCAUCCUGGUUAACCAGACUUAAGAACCAGUUGCAGGAUUAUAUAUAUAUGUGAACGUUUCCCAAGCUCUGUUUUCAUCAAAUGGUUAUUUCUUCUUGCCAAAUAACAAGGAAGGGAGAUGUUUUUCCAGAAAAAUAAAGAUUUAUAUUGCUUUGCCUAAGUUCUUCAAGAAUGUGCCUGGUAUUCCCAAAGAGGGGGACAGCAUCACUCUCCCCACAGCUCAGUGUCCAUAUUCAAGCCUAUCCAAGCUGCCUCUCAUCCAAGGGGAGGUUUUAAAAGGCUGAUAAAUUCUUGCAGGUCUGUGAGCUGAAAUAUUAUUUACAUUUAUAACAUGACAUGUUUGGAAGCAUUUUUUUUUCUGAACAAGAGGCACUCCUACACAGAACUAAGUUUUACUUCUAAUACAUUCAGCAUAUGUUCAGCAAAUUUGCCCAGGGGAAAGGGAAAGGAACUAUUAAGAUGAAGUUAUGAUGGGCAAGUCUGAGCAGCUACAUACUCAGUUCAAAUAAACACACCCUAGACGGGAGUCAUACAGGCCUUGCUCCUUCCUGCCUGAGUCAUCUGACCAUACCAUCUCUCUCCCUUGGUGAAGGUUAAUUAUAUAAUUUUUGGGAAGCUACUAACUAGGUCUCUGGGUACUUAAGUAUUUUACUGAUUUAAGUAUAUUACUGAACUGAUUAAGGAUUCCUUGCAUGUUGAUUUUUAACUUAAGAGCAAGAGUGGUGUAAAUAUAUAUUGAGUGAUUGACUGGACACUUUGACAUGUAUAAACAACACAAAAAACCCUACUAUAGUAAUACAUACAGUCCAUAUGUAUAAUCCUUUAUCUGAGCAUUCGCUCUGGGUCUUUCUCUUCAUGUUGUAAACAUUCAUUGUAUUAUGUAAAACUGUUGAAUUCAUUUGUGGUGCAAUAAUUUUUUUUGGAUUAAAGCUCUUAAAUCUAG